AUGCAGCUGCUGGCGGGAAUCUCGUGCUGUCUCUCGCAGAUUGGCUCAAGAGCACGAGACGGUGAGCGAAAGAGAAGCGGUGCCACGUCUCCUCAGCCAGACCUCACCUCACCCAAAGAUCAACACUCCCACCACGUUUCUGCCGUGGCUCGCAGUCCCCCGCAGAUGGACGAGCGGCGUUCUCGUGUAAGUAGUGUCAAUUUCAUGUCAGUGGUGGGGCAGGUGCCAUCGGGAAUUACGGGGCUUAGUUCCGACCGCGCAACGGAGAGGUGA